ACACUUUUGCCUUAUAAUAUCACUAUAUAUACUUUGCUCUCCUUCUCAACUUCCCACUUCCACCAAUCCCUUCUCUUCUCUUGUUUUUCUUUCUUUGGGUAGCCAUGGAAAUUUUUCUUGAAUUCUUGUUUACUAUUUCUUUUUCUUUUGUUAUUUCCUUCCUUCUGGCUAAGCUUCUUUCCUUUUCUUCUAUCAUUGAUCAACAUCUAGAGAUCGUGUCGAGAUUAUAUGCGGAAGUCAAAACUGAAUCAGUAAAACAUGAAGUUGAAGAAGUUGAUGCUUUAUGUGAAUCCGUGGAAGAAAUUGGUACCCAUGAAGAGUCUUCGAAUGGUAGUGAAGAAUUAAUUAGAGAAACAGAGGGAACUGUUGAAGGAAUUAGUUCACCUGAAGAGAAUUUUGUUAGUGAAACCACUGAGAUUGAACUAGCUAAAGAGGAUGAAGAAGGGAUUGAGGAUUUGAUGUGUGAUAAAGAGAAUGGAGGAGGUUGCUUAUUGGAGGGGUCAUCAUCAUCAUCAUCAUCUGAUGAUGAUUGGGAGGGUAUUGAACGAACCGAAUUGGAGAAAGAUUUUGGUGCAGCGGUGAGUUUUUUGGUGCAAAAAAGUAAUGCUGAUCAAGAUUUGAAACUUGGCAAUGAUUUAAAGAUGCAAUUGUAUGGACUUCACAAGAUUGCCACUCAAGGGCCUUGCCACGAGCCUCAGCCGAUGCCAUUCAAGUUAUCUGCUCGUGCAAAGUGGAAUGCCUGGAAAAAACUUGGUAAUAUGAGUCUAGAAGCAGCUAUGGAGUUGUAUAUCACCCUAGUUUCAAGAAGCAUCCCUGGGUGGAUGCAACCUGACGUUUGUGGGGAUGGUAAACAGGAUUAUGUAGAUGCCAAAGCCUCUAGCAAGCCACCUUUGGAUGUCAAAACAAUCGCAGUAAACCAAGCUAUAGAUGUGGAUUACAGGACUUCUAAUGAGUUAAUGACUAACAUUGAAAAUAUUGACUGGAUGAAACCUGCUGUCUAUACUCCAUGAAUAAGUUAUGUGAUUUGAGCUGCACUCAGCACGAAAUCCAGAGGAUCGUUUUUUUGUUGCCAGUUUGAUAUUCAUCAACGUGCUUUGAAUCAUCUCAAAAAUCUCAGUUACAUCUACAAACAACAAUGGAUAAGGAGGAGUUUGGAUCAAGAUUAUUAGGAGCUUCUUAGUUAUAUAUAUAUAUAAAGUAUAUAUUAGACUGUUGAUAAAGACUAAAAGAACUAACAAAUUUGUCAAAUAACAUAGACCCUCAUUCUUGAUUCCCAUUUAGGGCAGAUUUUUGUCAUUCAUUGGUUCAUUCUUUUCUCUCAAUACAUAUUUGCAUUUGUACAGCUUUCAGCUUUGUGAUUUUUGGUUUGAGGGGAUUGUGAAGCCUUUUCCAUGAUUCUUAAUGGAAUUGUUCUCUUAUAUUA